GUUAUCUCAGAUCUUCGUGAUCAACUGAAUGCGAGUGACGGUGGUGGUAAAGUGUCGUCUUCAGAAGGUGUUGACGAAAAUUUGCGGAGAGAGUACGAACAGCUGCGCGAGGAGACGAUUUCCUUGCGAAAAGAUGCCGAACAGCGGCUUAUGGUAGCCUCUGAGAUGGAAGAAAGGGCCUCUGAGGAGCACGCCUCACUGCGACGCACAAUCAACUUAUUGAACCAACAGCUUCAAUUAGAAAAGCAACUAGUAGCGGACUCCAACGCACAGAUAAUUGAGUUGCAGCGCCGCCUAUCUGCAGUUGAGGAGGCUGCGAAACGCGAAUCAGCUGCAUCGGCCUCCCAAUUGCAGUCCACCGAAGCGGAACUGGCGCGUCUCCGUCAGUGUCUCUCGUCUAAGUCCUCCCCCGACAUUGCACGCUCUCCUACUUCUCCACCAUCACCCUCAGAGCAGCCUCAAUUGCGUACUGAUGUAGAGGCGCGCGUUCUUGAACUAGAGGCACGGGUUCGACAACUCAACGACAGUCUACUCACCAAACAGGACUCAUUGGAGGCCACCCUGGCUCAGAAUCAUGCACUUAAGGUUGGAUUUCAUUUUCUUCCUCUUUCAUUUCCUUGUGGUUUCCGUGGGGCUCCACUUAGCACAGUGUCUGGAAACUCUCGAGUGAAGUUGCUGCUCUCAAUAUUGGAGCUACUACUAGCUGGCGUUAACCUUGUGCAGAUUCGACUGGAACGGCUGGAAUCUGAGUGUGAUGCUCAUCUCCUGGAACCUAGAAAUACGCGAUCUUCGGCAUUUUCCUGCGGACAUGCUCACCUUCCACAGAACUCUUCUUCCCAGUCACCACAUGGUUUUGCUCGUCUUCACUUCAUUGUGAGUCUCAAGACAUCUCAUUCGGCUGUCCUCAAUGCCUUUGUUCGCAUGUAA